AUGGAAAAAAAGAAAAUUUACUAUUCUAUUAAUCUCAAAGUACUCUUAAGGCGACAUUGGUUUUUCAUUGCAAUAUUCCCCAUCAUUUUAUUUGCUGAAACCUUUCCUUCACUUGGUGCCACCGGAGGCAUAUUGCAUCCAGAAUGGACUGUAAAAUACUUAUCAGUUGGAGUUAUAUUUUUUAUAUCUGGCAUUUCAAUGACAAUGGAUGAAUUGUUAAAUGCAGCAUCAAGUUAUCAUAUUCAUGCUUUUAUACAAUGUUUUACUUUUAUAUGCAUACCAGUCAUGGUUCUUGUAUUAACUACAAUCUUACGAUUUCUUUUCAGUGGGAUAAAUGUUUGGAUAUUGCAAGGUUUACUCACUGUGAGUUGCAUGCCUCCUCCUGUUUCUUCUGCUGUCAUUAUAACAAAAGCUAUCGGAGGAAAUGAAGCUGCAGCUGUAUUUAAUUCUAUUUUGGGGAGUUUUAUAGGAAUCAUAAUAUCGCCUAUCUUGCUGCUGUACUUUUCUGGAUCAACAGCGCUCAUAUUUAUGCUAGGCUCAAUGUUACUAUUGGGACAAACAGUGCUCAUUCCAUUGAUUGUAGGGAUCCUUCUGAAGCAUUUUAAAAUUAUCAGAAGCACUAAAUCAUUACCACUGACAUUUGUUGGACAGUUGAUUCUUCUUUUUAUCAUUUACACAACAUUUUGUGAUGCAUUCAUUGAUGCUAAAGACACGUCCAUGACAGCAUUAGAUAUUGUGCUUUCUAUAUUUCUCGUUUUACUGUUUCAUAUGUUGUCAAUGUAUGUUUGUUUCCAUACAUCACAGUGCUUUCCGUGGUAUUCCGCCUCAGAUAUUGUUGCUAUAACAAUAUGCUCAAGUUAUAAAUCUUUAACACUUGGCAUUCCUAUUCUUCGAAUACUAUUUUCUGGGUAUUCACAUUUUUCUCAGAUUAUGUUACCUCUGCUGUUGUACCAGCCUAUACAAAUUAUGAUGGGUGGAUUUAUAGCACCGCCAUUUAAAUUGUGGAUGAUCAGCAACAAAAACAGGAUGAAGAUUCUUCCAUAA